AGUAGUGGGCGCGCACUGAUGAUGUCAUGGUACUGGCAGCCAAUGGAGAUGCUCGCUGACGCCUGGUUGCAAGCGCGCACUUUUCGGGACUGGUUGAUGGUUGGUGCGCGCUCGCGUGACGCAGGUUUGCGCGGGAAAUUCUAUUCUGCUUGUUGGUUCGGCUCGGUUCUGGACAAGUUUGUCCUGUAAUGAAUUGCUGUCUGUGACGCGGGUAUCGGGGGAGAUGGUCGGGAUACUCGCUAUGUCCGCUUCACUGGAGGAGUAUGGAUGCCAGCCAUGCAAGAAGUCUAGAAAGGACGAGGAGGCACCCAUCAAAACCAUCACAAACUAUUUCUCCCCAGUGUCCAAGAACACAGAGAAGGUGCUUUCAUCUCCCAGGUCCAACAAUAUAGCGGACUACUUCAAACAAAAUUCUCCCAUCAAUGAGAAGAAACAGACUUCAAAAGCAGAAAAUGCAGCUAUCCAGCAAGACACCCCUCAGGCAGCUGUGGCAGACUCUUCAGCAGCUAGUGGCAAGCCUUCCAAGUGUAGGAAAAGGACUAAUUUAACAAAGAGACUGGGUAGUCUGACACCAGAAGCUGUGCGUGACCUUGGUGUGCAAAAGGGAAUCAACAAAGAUCUAGAGAGCGAGAAUGUUUGUGGGAAAACUGGCUUCAUGGGUAGUGAUACAGCAGCAUUGCUUGCUGCGAUCUGCAGUAACAAAGGGGAUCUUCAAGAUAGGAUUGUGUGUUCCCCUGGUUCUAGUACCCCAGAGGUCAAGGAUACUCUAAAUAAUGCUGCUUCUAAUACGGAUACAAAUAUUCAAUCCAAGUUAAGGAAACCCAAACAGACCAAAGUUAAAAAUGCACAGUCAAACACGGUGCAGAAGAAGCAGGAUUGUGAGCCAGGUAAGCCAUUCAUUAUUUCAGGAACAUCCCUGGACAGCACAGGUGACACUAUGGAUUCAAGCCUGCCGGUAAAUGUAGACGGCUUGCAUGGAAAGGACAGUAUUUUAGUUGUUUCUUUUGAAGAAUUCAUAAAAAGUCAGGGGGAAAAGGACAUGGAAUCAAGUUUAGAGGGAAAAGAUCUAACACCCAGUCUUUCAGGUGAAGAUGUUCCUAAUGAGAACCCUCUGAGAAAUGAGGAUUGGGCUCAGAAGCCUUCUCCAAAAACUGUAACUGUGCAUGCUCAGAUUCACGUGUCUCCACCACAUUCAUAUUCAGCCACGACCGUGCCAAAAAAAUUAGCUUCCAUCUUCUUGAAAAAAAAAGAUUCUGAGGUGGAAAAGAAGGCAGUGGAGCUUGUUUCUGAACACGAGUCUGUUGAUUUCAUGGUUCAGAAUCGGAAAUCAAACGUUGUUGUCCUGGAGGAUGAUCUGGAGUUAGCCGUGGUUGAAGUAGAAAACCUAGAUUAUGCUAAACAAAAGAGCACUGUUGUGGAAAGACAGCAAUUUAUGAAAGCUUUCAGGCAACCUGGUGAAGCAGGAAAAAGUGUUGUGAAGAAAUCUCUUUCCAAAAACAAGAGUCUAGCUGACAUUCCUGCUCAAGAGGGGUUUGUUGAGGGACAACAGAGAACAUCAGCCAAAAAGGUAGGAACUGAAGUGCAUCAAAUCAAAGAGGGUGCCAAUAAUCAAGAAGAAACACCAAAAUCAAAAGAUGUGGUGGGGGUUAAGAAGAAAUGUACUUCAAAGAAUGCAGGAAAAAACCCUACAUUGAAAGGAAAAAAGCUUAAAGAGCCCAGCAGUGGCGCUUGUAAAGCUAGUAACAUUAACCUGAGAAGAAGUUCAAGGCUUCAGACAUCUGAAACACCCGCUCUGAACUCACCUGUCAAAGGACAUUCCAUGAUUGACCUUCCUUUACAAAUGUCUACCCCAAAGGGAAGAAUCCCCUGCCGCAAAAGUGAUAUUUACCGGGCAGAAGUCAUUAGUAUAUCCACAGAGGCAAAUAGUCCAAUACGAAUGAGAUUUACCCGCUUGAGUACCAGAGCUAGUGGAAAAAAUAAAAGCCUUUUAGCAGAUGUUCUGUCCACCCCAAGAAGUAACAAGGUUGUGGCUAGUUCCAAAAAAAUUGACAAGGCAAAGAAGCUGCUUGAGAAAGCAAAAUCCGUUCAGCAGAAUAUCGCCAAGCCUGAAACCCCCAGGAGGCUGUCGUCCAGACAAACGGCACGUGCUGCAGACAAGAAAGUCUUGCAGGUUUGUUACAACCGUGAAUCCAUAUUGAUUGUGGAUGAGAGCUCCAGUAAGGCUCGCAAGGUCCAUGAACCAGGAAGGAAAAAGCGUCUACGUAGUGUGAAUGAUGUGUUGGGAAAGAGAGAGAAAAUUAAAAAAACUGCAAAUCUAUCUACUGGGCAAAGUACGUCUUCUGGGAAAAAACUGAAGAAGCAACCUUCAAUCACAGUCAUUGAUGAUGGACCAGAGAUUUCUGAAAACUCUGUUGAUGAAGAGCAGUUCAAGGCAAAACGGGAAUUCCUCAAGAGUGGUUUGCCAGACUCCCUAAAAAGGCACAUUGCAAAAACCACAGCACUUUUGGAGGCAUAUGCUCUCUCUGGCUCUUCCUUUCAGAAUGUAGUACAUGUGCAGCAAAGAGAUGAUUGCCAAAUGUGGCACAUGCCUUUGCCUCCCUGCCCUCAUCUCACUGACUUUGAUGACCAGAGCCCUGCUGUGCCUGAUGUUGCCAAGCUGACCCUGUCCCUUGGCGAGUUCACCUGUGUGAAGGACAAGCUUGCCAUCCCCAUGGCUCCUACUAUGGUGAAUAAAAGGCAGGUGUUUUCUGAUGCAGCAAGAGACCUACUUUUAGAGGAAAUUCGCUUUAGUAAUCCUCAGUUUCCUGUGAAGAGGUUUCUCUCCAUGUUUCUCAAAAAGCAAAGUGAUUCAGUUGCCCUUCUGGACACUUACAAACCAGGAUUUCAGCCUCAACCUACAGAAGCAGUUCUUCUGGAGACUGGAACUCGGGGCAAGAGGAAAAGAAAAGAUUCUCCUGGCAAUAAGUCAAAAAGAAAAAGAUCUGCUGGGAAAGCUGAAGAGCAGAAUGAAAUCUGUGAUUUAACAUCAUCUGUCGAUGAGGCCUCCUCACAACCUAGCAUCCCAACUGAGAUUUGUGGUCUGGUUCAGAGGGGACAAAAGUGUCUGGAGCGUAAAACUAUCUCAGAGCUGGAUAUACAUACCCAAAAAAUUAAAUCUGCUUCUAAAGAUACUGAGUGUGAUGAUGUUCUGUGGACAGAGAAGUAUCAACCUCAGAAUACUAGUGAAAUGAUUGGCAACUCUGCAGCCAUUCAGCAGUUACACAGCUGGCUAAAAGAUUGGAAAGUCAGAGCUGAAAAAGAGGAGAAAAGUCAAAUGCAAAAGACAGAGAAAGAGAAAUCAGACACAUGGGACCAGAAUGACUUUAUGACCAUGGACUCUGAUAGUGAAGAGGAGUCUCUGUGUAACACUGUACUGAUCACCGGUCCUCCUGGAAUCGGUAAAACUGCAGCGGUGUAUGCAUGCGCCCAAGAGCUUGGCUUCAAGGUGUUUGAAGUUAAUGCAUCCUGUCAGCGCAGUGGAAGGCAGAUCUUAACACAGCUAAAGGAAGCCACGCAGUCACACCAAGUAGAUCAGCAAGGGGUGAACACCCACAAACCAUGUUUCUUUAGCAGUUUCAGCUCGACAAAGUCUCCCAGAAAACUAAACUCUCCAAAGAAUGUGGUUUCAUCUCCAAGAAAACCACCGGCCUCACCCAGAGGCACGGGACUUAGAAAAGGGCUGGCACCCAAGUCUCUGGCAAAUUUCUUCAAACCGCCUGCUAUUAAGAGAAAUGAGGAGAAACCCAGUGCUACAGAGGCUUCCAAAGGGCUAGGGAAGGGUGUGUUUCUGAGGGAAGUUGAAACCAAGCCAAAUAAGAGUCUAUAUGCAACUGCACAAAAAGAAACUGGAUCGGAGGAAAAACACAGAAAAACCGCAACAUCUCUUAUCCUAUUUGAAGAGGUAGAUGUAAUAUUUGACGACGACGUUGGAUUUUUGAGUGCAAUCAAGACUUUUAUGAGCACCACAAAGCGGCCAGUGAUUCUCACCACAAGUGAUCCUACAUUUGGCUUAAUGUUUGAUGGCUUCUUUGAAAAUAUUCAUUUUAAAACCCCUUCGCUGGUCAAUGUUGCAACUUACCUGCAAGUUCUUUGCUUGGCUGAAAACCUCCGAACAGAAACAAAGGAUUUUUUAACAUUUUUAUCUGCCAAUAAGUGUGACAUCAGGCAAAGCCUUCUCCAUCUGCAGUUUUGGGCUAGUAGUGGUGGAGGUGGAUUGGUGGAAAAGCCACUGCAAAUCUGUCGCUCGAAUACAGAUGGCUUAAAAAAACAGGCUUUGAUAGGAGCUGAACUUCCAAAAUGCAACAUUGGCUGCACAGAGAAUUUCAUGGGUCUUCAUAACAUUAUUUUACCCACAGACGGUCUUUUGUCCUUUAUAAAGAAUCACGUUCCCCAGACACAAGAAAGGAAUGUGCUCCAGCGCUUGCUUACAGAGUUUCAGAUGAACAAUGUGUAUUUUACACUGAGUAAUCUGGAAUUCCUCCUUCCACUGCCAGUUAAUAUUCAACUGCCAACUCUGCUGCCCCCCUUGCCUGAGAAUUCAGCAGGGCUUGAUAAGAAUGACAAGGCUGAUGAGAGCCCACUGAAAGUGUCGGCGCAGAUGAAAAAGAGAAAGAAGCUUCUACUCUUUAAUGACAGUGAUUUGUUUGAUAGUGAUUCUGUCGAUGAAAUGCUUAGCUUGGUAUCUGGCAUUCAAUCCCAAGAGGAGACAGGGCAGAAAGACCUUCCUGAAGCUGAUAGAGAGAAAUCAGAAGGCACACAACCUGCCCCUGAAAGGCACAGACUCAGUCAGGAGGAGCAGAAGGCCUCUCGGUUAGUUUACCGCUGCCUGGGGUCACUUGCAGACUUUGUUGACAAUAUGUCCCAGAUAGAUUGCUUUACAUAUAAUCCCAAGGACCAAGCAGAUUUUGGUAACGCCAACUGGACAGAAAGUCGAAUAAAGGACGGCUUGUGUGAUGGGCUGAGAGUAGAGACCAGGGACUGGAGCAACAGCCAGAGCUCCGGGGAAGUCCGAGCAACCAUAGAAACACUUGCUUUUCAGAAAUGUUUGUCUAAGCUCUCAACAGCCAUUGAUACUUCACUUGAAGCCUGCACAGCAGCCAGCCACGACCCCACCAAGGCACUCACUUUGCAUGUGUCUGAAGAGAGGGGUAAUGUCUGCUUCUGCCAGAGUGCAGCCAGUUCCAGUGUGGCAGAGAAGAGGAUGUCUGUGGUUAGGACAGUUCUGUCCAGCAGAUCUUUCUUUGGUCUGGGCAACAGGCAAGCCAAUGUAACAGAGUACCUUCCUGCUAUGCGCUGUAUCUGUCGCUUGCAACGACUGAAAGAGCAAGAGAAGACUAAAAGAAGGUUUCUCCAUUAUUUUGAAGGCAUUCAUCUAGAAUUAUCUAAAGCAACAGUGAGCAGCUUGGCAGCAGACUUUCCCUAAUGUGCUUUAACUAUACAGGAACAAUUGGUGCUUUGUGAUAUGGAUUUUUAGGGACAAAACACUAAUUUUUUGGAUGUCGCCCAGGGACCUACAACACUGCCAACACUAUUUCUACAGCCCUCCAGCACCAAAAUAGCCUGUCUGUUUUAUGGCAUUGUAUUUGCAGUGCUCUGUACUUUUGCUGGGAGUUGCCCAGUGCUUCCAGAAUUAAAGGAUCAGUAAACCUUUAAAACUAAUGUAAAAUUGACGUGAGUGCUAUUCGAAACACUUUUGCAGUGUACCUUUAUUUUUUUUAAUUCCAAGAUAUUAAAGGAUACAUUUACUGUUAGCAUAAAUUAAUUUUGUUACAACAGCGCCACCUGCUGGUCAUUUUCUGACCACCUAGUAGUCAAGGAAGUUGUCCGGAGAAAGAAAGCGGGCCGGUCUGAUGUUCUAGUUAGGAAAACAAUUAAACCUUUCUCAAAUCUUUCCUAACCAGAAGAACAUCAGAGCAGCCCUCUUUCUUUCUCCUGACAACUUCCUUGACUACUUGGUGGUCAGAAAAUUAUCAGCAGGUGGCGCUGUUGUAACAAUUCAUUCAUGUUAAGUACAUGUAUCUUAGAAUUCCAAAAAGAAAAUGAAUAUACAUUGCAAAAGUGCUUUGAAAAGCACCUGCAUCAAUUUUACAAUCACGUAUUUGAAAGGUUUACUUAUUCUUUAAGGCUGACAUUUUGCCUUCAAAUCAAUCUCCAAAACUAGCCUGUGUUGUAACAUGAAGCAUUAUUGUAGAUCUGUUUCACCCUGUAGCUCAUUACUAGUAUUGGAGAUACUGGAGUCUCAGAAUUUAAAUUCUGUACAAGUUCUAAUAAUAAUAUUACUGCAAGCCAGAUGUGUUUAUGGGGUACAUCGUAACUCCUGGUGGACUGAGCUAUGAUUAAAAUAGUGUAAGUGUGGAGCAAUCAGGUGUUAGCAGAAUCAGUCACCUGUGUGACUAGAGGAACCAACUUUUCUCCUUCAUAUCCGUGUGUUUAGGGUUUGUACACUGUUUACUCAUUACUCAAACAGGGCGACAAUCCCAACCUGGGCAGUAAUGUCCCACUCAGCCAUGUGCAGCUCUCAGCAGAUCUACUUGCAGCUGUGGAAGUGUUUCAAAAAUACAGCACCCCUAGACAGUGUUCUUAAAUAUAGUGCGGCAACUUGUCUGUUCCUGAUAAGUCACAGGCUAAUGUUUACUUCUGUAGGCACAGUACAGAAAAAGGCUGGUCUUCUGAAUACAGCAGCAUGUGUACUCACGCAAUAUUCCAUGUUGGAAACUAAUAGUAUAAUGUGUGCCUGCUGGGUGAGUGAUGAGAAGUGUGUUGUAAUAUACUAGAUAUGUAUAGGAAUGUAAAAAUCACUUUGUACAGUUUAUAAAGCAGAUCCUGGCUGAAUUUCCAGCUGGGAAACACUAUUGUCUGACACGCGCCUUGUAUCAUACAAAUGCAUUUUAUGAAAUUGUGUGCAGCCUUUUAAUAAUAUUAAAUGUUUUACAAAAUAA